GAUAAUAACCGCGUAAAGAACAACAGGACGAAAACCUGGCGCUUCAAACAUCAACAUGUGCUGCCAUCUGUCUCCAAAUAGUCAAAAGGCGGAACCUAUGCCGUUAUAUAAGACAUAGUCGUUUUUAUCAUACGAUAAGAUACGAUACGACCUCUUACUCAAGAGCAGACCAGUGGUCUACAGUUAGGCAGUUCGCGUGGAAGCUGUGGUGGUAUCUCAAGAUGGUACAGACUUUGAAGUUAAAUAAUAACUUAGGUUUUCCUGUACUGGGCAUGGGAACAUCUCAAGCAAACCCAGGAGAGAUGGAGAGAGCUGUGAAAGACGCCAUCGAAAUAGGAUAUCGCCAUUUUGAUUCGGCUAUGAUAUAUGGAAACGACCAUGAAAUUGGCAGAGCAGUGAAUGCCAAGAUAGCCGACGGCACCGUCAAGAGGGAAGAUCUAUUUAUCACAAACAAGCUAUGGAACACGUAUCACAGACAGGAUCAGGUGGUACCAGCUUGCAAGAAAUCCCUCGAAAAAAUGGGUCUUGACUACCUAGAUCUGUAUCUCAUACACAUGCCAACAGCACUCAAGGAAGGUGACAACCUGAUGCCAGUAGACGAGAAGGGGAACCUUAUAACCAGUGACGCUGAUUACGUAAACACAUGGAAAGGAAUGGAAGAGUGCGUCAGGCUCGGGCUUACUAGAAGCAUUGGCGUGUCUAACUUCAACAGCAGACAGAUACAGCGGAUACUAGAUAUCGCUACCAUCAAACCAGUCGCAAAUCAGAUUGAAUGCCAUCCGUACUUGAACCAAUCCAAAAUGAUCGCCUUCUGCAAGGAGAAGGGAAUUGUGGUCAUAGCGUAUGCUCCAUUUGGAAGGCCAGGAAGCAAAGUGAAUUAUAUAAGGCACGAUGUUCCCUCGUUGCUGGAAGAUCCAAAGCUACAGGAAAUCGCUGCUAAACGUGGCAAGACUGUAGCGCAGGUUAUCUUGCGGUAUCUGAUACAACAUGGCGUUGCACCAAUUCCAAAGUCAUCAAAUAAAAUUCGUCUACAGGAGAAUUACGAUGUAUUCAACUUCGAACUGACUCAAGAGGAAGUCGGCUCUAUAGAUGCACUCAACAGCAACAGUAGAAUAUUUACAUAUCCGCAGUUUGUGGAUAUGAAGGAGUACCCUUUCAACACCGAAUUCUGAGGAUACAGACAUUAAGAUUCAUCAACAGAAGUUAUGUAACCUCAUUUCAUCGACUUGUUACCAUAGUAUCUGGAUUGAAAUUGCGAAACAAAGUUUUAAGUCAAAUAUACUGUCACGUGUAUGAGUGACUGCAUACGAGGUAUGGAUUGAUGCCUCGAUUUGUUGAUCACUUAUACACACAAUUCGUAACUACAGUUGACUAUAACAGCCUCACUGGCUAACAUGCUCUAAAAAUCACUGUAACUGCAACACACAUAAUUUCUCCUAUGUCUUUAUUAGUCGUUUCCUGGUAACGGAUUCUGACAAUGUCCCUUGCUUAAGUUCUUACCGUCUGGAGAAUAUCACAUAAGGCAACACAACUACACUCUAAACUCUGUCCCGCUUAUAACCCCUCGGCACGGACCACGUAGAAACCAAAGCUCCUAGUUGUUUCCAUGGUUGCUUACGCAGCGACUUGCACGGACUCUACAGGAAACACCGCUUUCCAACCUCUUUAUUGGCAUGGUGGUCGCUGCCUAGCAAAAGCUACUGUCUUGUUAGUUUUUCGCGGUCGUUGCCUAACAACGGAUCUAUACGCCACAAUACUUACAACCUUCAAUUACGCUUCUAACUUCAUACAUUCAUGAAACCCACACAGUGAAACCAGUCUUUUAAGAUGCCCAACUCUGAAAGGUAUGAAAUGGAUUCGGAAUUUCAUAUUUGUUAAUUAUGUAACUGAACCAGAAAUGAAUUAAAGAUUUUGCACGAAAACAAUGUAAUUAAUUCUGUGUUCAUGGAGGUGAUGUUUGUAAUUAUACGUCCAGUC